ACGCCGCGUUGAUCUGCUUCUGUGGAAGCGCCAUUCCCAGGAGCAGUCUUGGAUCUGUAUCUCUCUCUCAAAUGUCGUGGCUCAAGGAAGCAGCUGGAGGCGCCGCACCGCCAAAAUACAAGGACGACCCCAACGAACUAACCGAGAAGGACCCUUCAAUUCCCAACCGUUAUGUCACGAACAAACCUGCCAACAGGCCGUUCCUUGCAUACGCAGAAUAUCGUGCGCAGCAGGAACGGCUGCACAAUGAGUGGUUGAAGAAGAAGAAGGCCCAUGACGAGGCUAUUGCAAGAGGCGAGGACCCUGGACCACUCGAACCGGACCCAACUGCGGUUCAGGAAGUUGGUCUCGGAGCCGUGCUCAAGUUCCUACUGUUCGCGUUAUUGUUCACUGCCCUCGCUGGCAAGUUUGUGACGGGCAGCUAUACAUGGGACUAUGACGCCAAAUGGAUGCAACUGAAAAACUGGAUGCCGAGAAACGAUCGACUGUUCUCCGUGGAGUAUCUUGCCAAAUUCAACGGAGAAGAUCCUGGCAAACCAAUCUACCUAUCUAUUGACGGGGAGGUUUACGACGUCACGAAAGGCGCAGCGUACCAGAAGGGUGGUUCAUACCACAUCUUAGCGGGACGUGAAGGAGCGCGGGCAUUUGCAACUGGAUGCUUUAGGGAGCACAUGACGCACGACACCAGAGGUUUGGACGAAGAAGAGCGAAAGGGACUUGAACAUUGGAAGCAGUUUUACAGAGACCACAAGACCUAUCGUUAUGUUGGGAGACUGGCUCUUCCCCCGAUCGACCCCACCAAGCCUAUUCCGGAGCACUGUGAUCCCAAGAAGGCGGAACUGGACAGGGAAAGGUUAAGAAAAGAAGCUGAAGAGAUCCGCAGAAAGAGGCAGGAGGAAUUGAAGGCGAAAGCUGGACGCAAAGAACUGUAG